AUGGGCGGAAAGAAACGUCGUUCCAACCGACCAAUCUCACGUCCUAUAACCAUGGCUCCGCAGACAACAUCAACAUCAUCACGCAAUUCAUGUGCGAUCAGCUCGUCAACACCUGCGGCGCAAACGCGCAAGCCCAGUCAACGUGCGCAACGGCUACGGCUGCUGCAAGCGCUGCAGAGGCCCCUACUGGAGCGCAGGCAGAUGCGUUCAACGCCGUAUUCGGGAUCAAGACCGACUUCGCCGCUGUGCCCGUUGUAA